AUGGCCGCCCUAGGGCUCCUCCUUGGCAUCCUCCUGCUUCUGCCCACGCCCGCCCCUGCCCCCUGCUACACGGCCGCGCGCUCUGAAUGCCAGCGCGCCCACAAGUUUGUGCCAGGCUCCUGGCUGGCAGGGGAGGGCGUGGACGUGACCACCCUCCAGCGCUCAGGCUCGUUCCCAGUGGACACACAGCACUUCCUGCGGCCCGACGGCACUUGCACCCUCUGCCGCAAUGCCCUGCAGAAGGAUGUCCCCCAGCGCCUGCCCCUGGCGAUCACUGGCUGGCGUGCCCACGGAGCGGGCUGCAAGCGCAAGGUAGUCAAGUAUGAGGGCCGCUCCACCGAGGAUGUGGCGGGGGAGGCGGCCAACAGCAUCCGCAAUGACUGGAAGGUGGGGCUAGACGUGUCUCCCAAGACAAGCACUAAUGUGCGUGUGACCGUGGCGGGCUCCCACUCCCAGGCUGCCAACUUCGCCGCCCAUAAGAUUCACCAGGACAAGUACCGCUUCAGCCUGGACUUAGUGGAGUGUCGUUUUUACAGUUUCCACCUGGUGCACACUCCCCCAGUACACCCUGAGUUCAAGAGGGCCCUCAAGACACUGCCCCCCCACUUCAACACCUCCACCGAGCCCGACUACCGGAGGCUUAUCUCCAGCUACGGAACCCACUUCAUCCGGUCCAUGGAGCUGGGCGGCCGCACCUCAGCCCUCACUGCCCUACGCACCUGUGAGCUGGCCCUGGAGGGGCUCACGGCCAACGAGGUCGAGGACUGCCUGGCUGUCGAGGCUGAGGUCAGCAUAAGCAGCCACGCCAGUGCCUCGUCAUCAUUCAAGGAAUGUGAGGAGAAGAAGAAGCAGCACAAGUUGGGGACCUCCUUCCACCAGGCCUACCGGGAACGUCAUUCCAGUGUUGAUGGUGGCCACCACUCAACCAUGCAUGACCUGCUCUUCGGGAACCAGGCUGGGCCCGAGAAGUUCUCAGCCUGGGUGGCCUCAUUGCAGGACAGCCCUGGCCUGGUGGACUACACGCUGGAGCCUCUGCACAUGCUUGUGGAGAGCCAGAACCCACGGCGGGAGGCCCUCAGGCAGGCCGUGAGCAAGUACGUGACUGACAGGGCACGCUGGAGGGACUGCAACCGCCCGUGCCCCCCGGGGGAGCACAAGAACCCAAAGAACCCAUGCCAGUGCAUGUGCCCUGGUUCAGCAGCCACCACCCAGGACUGCUGUCCCCGGCAGAGGGGCCUGGCCCACCUGCAGGUCAUGAACUUCAAGGCAUCAGGUCUGUGGGGAGACUGGAUCACUGCCACGGACGCCUAUCUGAAGGUCUUCUUCGGCGGCCAGGAACGGAGGACCACCACAGUAUGGAACAAUAACAACCCCAUGUGGAUGACGCGGCUGGACUUCGGGGAUGUGCUCCUGGCCACUGGGGGCCCCCUGAGGGUGCAGGUCUGGGACGCAGACAAUGGCUGGGACGAUGACCUGCUCGGCACAUGUGACCGCACCCCAAAGUCUGGCUCACAUGAGGUGUCGUGCCCUAUGAACCACGGUCACCUGAAAUUCUCCUACCAGGCCAAAUGCUUGCCUCACCUGACAGGGGAGAGGUGCCUGCAGUAUGCCCCCCAAGGGCUUCUGGGGGACCCUCCAGGAAACCGGAGUGGGCCAGUGUGGUGA